AAGAAGUUGUUUUCUGCGUUGCUAACGAACGGUAUCCACCUCCCAUUCAUUUGCGAUUAAGGUCCGAGGAAAAGUUCCCUAGAAGCAUACAGCUUUCUGUCCAGCGGCAAGUCUCCCAAUUGGACACAGAACUCGGUACCUCUGAGCAUUCAGAACAUAUGGCCCCACCAAGGAUCCCCGAUAAAUCAAUCAAUCGCCAAAUACUGUUCGGGACUGGCCCGAAGACGCCAAACGAGCCUCUAUAUCCUAGGCCUUAUUUCGAAUAUGGGUCUAUGUCGCAACAAUCUAGCGAAUCGGAGCUCACAAAGAAAUCUGUAUCACUGGCACCUCUUGAAAGCGUCGAUGUGUGUAAGAAAAAGCCGCCAUCGCCAGUAGAUGGCAACAGAAUGCUACUUGCUAUCCGGUUUACCGAUACAGUAACGGCUAAAGAUCUGUCAUCUGAGUAUUUUGCCGAUUGGCUUCGGACCAUACCUGGAGAAGUCGCAGAAGUAGUCGUGGAGGCUGGGUUCAUAUGCGAUUCUACGCUCCUUUUGGUUUCCCUUCCUGUUUCGUUGUGGACUUACCUGUCGGAUAAUCCCGCUAUAAUUCCUCUCGGUCGGGUUCUGUCCUCGAAUCUCCUGGCGCCGAAACAAGUUAUUUUGGGCAGAACAGAUAACGAGGAUGAUGUAAAUCCACAAUCUCCAACAAAAGAAAAUAAAGGAAAAGGGAAGAUCGUCUCGUUUGCAGAAGAGGGGAAUCAAGUGAUUCUCCCACGAGAUUUCGGAUAUGAGGAAAAUAGUAUUGACGAAGGUCUGGAGGUGGAAGCCGAUAUGUGUCAGGACUUAGUCGUUGAUUAUACCGAAGAAGUAUCAGAGGAAUCCACAGAUACCGAGGAAGAAACCGAAGAUGACGAAUCAAUCGAAGAGGUGUCAACAGGAGUCCUCGUUGCAUACCCCGGCGAUUCUCCUAGUUUUAGAGUCUCAGGUCCCGCAAUCAUCUAUUGUCUUAACAUCCGUGACAAAUUCCCCUUGGCCGAAAUCCAGCUGGUUGAAAGGCUAGGGGAGGCGAACUGGCAACGCCAUGUGGCCAUUCGAAGCAGGAAUGAAUUAGAAGAGAUCACAGCGCUUGAAAUACCACAGGAAACACCAAGAUAUGUCUUCCAGCCAAAGUCGACCUUUGAGGAUUCGGGCUUAGGUACCAGCCUUCCAACUCUACUAAGUGCGCCAUCUCUGGCUCCGCACGUCUAUCAUACUUCAAAUAUCGAAAGUCUACGACCGCGAUCCUCUUACGCUCCAUCGCUAUUGUCUUAUCUAUCGAGAGCCUCGGAUCCUGAUACCGACCAUUUCCGGGUUCCUCCCAUCCCAAGAGAGGCUGCCGAACGGAAACCAUUCUCGUGUUUCAUCUGCCGGCGUGUCAUCAGUCACGUCAGAAACCGGUUAGAGUGGAAGUGAGUGAUAUACAAGGAUGUAUUUGAAUUCAAAGCUAACAAGUUUAUGUACUUCAG